GGUCUUGUGAAGCUGGCGAAACUAGGAAGAUAAGUCAGCAGCUUGAAAACAAAGCAGCGAGGGGAAGCCUCUCCCACAGCAGCACCGUUACUCCGACACGACACAUGUUACCUCGCGACUGGGUCAAACGUCUCCUACGUUCAAGUAGAACCUCGACAUUCCGCCUCUCAUCGCAGGAGGUCAACGGGUGAAUCUGCCGUCGGCUGAUUCCACCAGGAGCUAUUCCUCUCCACGAUGAAUGUGUCCCAGACGAUGGAGACGGAGGAGGACCUCCUGACUUGCCUCCACAUUAAGCUUUACCACCCUCAGCAGAGUUCCAAGGGCCUUUACGGGCUGCUUCCUCUGGGGACCAAGAGCAGACACUCAGCCGAUGAGCCUCUCAGGCUGGGACGUGACGGCCAGGUCUGCACCUUCGCCCUGGUCGACGUCCGGGUGUCCCGCAAACAGCUGGCCCUCCUCGCCUACCGCAGCCCGCAGAGCCCGGACACGCUCUUCUCCGUCCAGAACCUGAGCCAGAGGGGGCGGCUGUCGGUGAACAGCUCCACGCUGGACUACCUGGAAAGGAUGGACCUGCCGGACAAGGCCCUGAUCCGGUUCGGGGAGUAUGAGAUGCUGAUCGUCCGGGAGUCCGGCGAGGCCAAGGGGAGCUUCGAGGUGGACUUUGAGGUGCUGGCAGUACCUCCGUCCAGGGAGACAUGCACAAGUGCGCCCAGUAUGACGGCCGUCAUGGAGACGGGCGCCCGCAUGGUGACCAGCUUCCCAGCAGAACUCAGGGUGGGGCUUCUUGGCCCCCUGGAGACUGAUGAGACGAUCUUGUGUGAUGAGUGAUGCCAUGUUUUUUUUAAGUUGUUUGCUUUCAUCUGCAGCGAUACUUUUGUUACUGUGUGUCGUGUGCUAUUAGAGCUACAGCAGGCUGGUAUGAUUCCCCCUUUGAAAUCAAAGUAUUUUACAUAUACUGUAUAUAUAUAUAUAUAUUUUACUCCAUGUUUAUAGAUCAAAAAGCUGUCAUCAUAAUAGCUACUUUCAAAUAAACUAAAUGCUGUGACUUA